AUGGUGCUCAAGGCCUUCUUCCCCACGUGCUGCAUGUCGGCCGACAGCGGCCUGCUGGUUGGACGGUGGGUCCCGGAGCAGAGCAGCGCUGUGGUCCUGGCUGUGGUGCACUUUCCCUUCAUCCCCGUGCAGGUGAAGGAACUCCUGGCGCAGGUGCAUCAGGCCAGCCGGGUGGGGCUGGCCGUGCUGGGCACGUGGUGCCACCGCCACCAGGACGCUGAGGAGGGCCUGGGCCACUUCCUGGAGGGCCUGGGUGCCAUCUUCUCCCACGAGCCCUGGCUCCAGCUCUCCCGGGAGAGGGGCGGCAAGCUCUGGAGCUGCAAGGCCACCUGCCACCAGGGGCCCCCUGGCCCUGCCGCCCCGGAUGAGGACCAGGUCAUGCUCGUCUUCUACGACCAGCGCAAGGUGCUGCUGUCCCAGCUGCACCCGGCCGCGGCCCUGCCUGACCGCCAGGCGGGCGAUGGCACGGCCGGUGCUGAGGGCUUGGCUGUCGUCUUCGACACGGUGGCUCGCAGCGAGGCGCUCUUCCGGAGUGACCGCUUUGACGAUGGCCCUGUGCGGCUGAGCCACUGGCAGUCGGAGGGCGUGGAGGCCAGCAUCCUCGCAGAGCUGGCGAAGCGGGCCUCGGGGCCCGUCUGCGCGCUGCUGGCCUGCCUGCUGUCCCUUGUGUCGGCCGCCAGUGCCUGCCGGCUGUUCCAGCUGUGGCCUCUGUCCUUCAUCUGCAGCAAGCUCUCCGUGUGCGAGCAGCUCAGACACCGGCUAGAGCAGCUCACGCUCAUCUUCAGUACCCAGAAGGCCGAGAACCCCGCCCAGCUCAUGAGGAAGGCCAACGUGCUGGUCUCCGUGCUUCUCGAUGUGACCCUUGGCCUCGCGCUGCUGUCCUGGCUUCAUGGGAAGGACUGCAUCGGGCAGCUGGCCAAGGCCCUCGUCCCUGUGGCUGACCAUGUGGCCGAGGAGCUCCAGCAUCUGCUGCAGUGGCUGAUGGGUGCUCCUGCUGGGCUGAAGAUGAACCGGGCACUGGACCAGGUGCUGGGCCGCUUCUUCUUGUACCACCUGCACCUGUGGAUCAGCUACAUCCACCUCAUGUCCCCCUUCAUCGAGCGCAUCCUGUGGCACGUGGGCCUCUCAGCCUGCCUGGGCCUCACGGUCGCCCUGUCCAUCCUGUCUGACAUCAUUGCUCUUCUCACCUUCCACAUCUACUGCUUCUACGUCUACGGUGCCAGGCUGUACUGCCUGAAGAUCUGUGGCCUGUCCUCACUGUGGCGUCUGUUCCGGGGAAAGAAGUGGAACGUUCUGCGCCAGCGGGUGGACUCCUGCUCCUAUGACCUGGACCAGCUGUUCAUCGGGACUUUGCUCUUCACCAUCCUGGUCUUCCUACUGCCCACCACCGCCCUGUACUACCUGGUGUUCACCCUGCUCCGGCUCCUGGUGGUCGCCGUGCAGGGCCUGAUCCAUCUGCUCAUGGACCUCGUCAACUCCCUGCCGCUGUACUCGCUCAGCCUCCGGCUAUGCCGGCCCUACAGGCUUGCGGCUGGUGUGAAGUUCCGGGUCCUGGAGCACGAGGCCGGCGGGCCCCUCCGCCUCUUGAUGCAGAUCAACCCCCUGCCCUACGGCCGCGUGGUGCACACCUACCGCCUGCCCAGCUGUGGCUGCCACCCCAGGCACUCCUGGGGCUCUCUGUGCCGCAAGCUGUUCUUCGGAGAGCUCAUCUACCCCUGGAGGCAGAGAGGGGACAAGCAGGACUGAGGGACCCCGGCCUGGCCGGCUCUGCCCCACGGCCCAGUCAGCCCCUGCCCUGCCGGCCACCGACCACCGAGCAGGGGCAGGACGGGCUCCUGAGGCUCGCCCCCUCUGCCCCCGCUCAUCGUGGCCUCCGCCUGUUGCCCGGCUCUGGGGUGCAGAGGCGCGGAGUGGGAGGCCGGGGCGGCCAGGAGGGUAUGCCUAGGGACCUGCUGGGACCUGCUGUGGCUGCCCUGGAGCCGGGCCGCAGAGCACCCCUCCCGUCACACCCAUCACACCCGUCACACCCGUCCUACCUGUCACACCUGUCACACCGGACUGCCCGGGUCAGCGGCGGGGCCUCCCUGUCACAGCUGGGGGACCCUCCCGGGACGCACUCAGCGGCUCUGGAGGCCGACCCCCAUGUCUCCUUGUUUGGGGGUUACACUCUGUGUCCCUGUCCCAACCCUGCAGCCCCAGCAGAGCAGGGCCCUCAGCCGGGGUCACACGGGGUUGGCUUCAUGCCGCCGCAGGGAUCGCUGCCCUGGGCCCUUGGGACCCCGUGGGACCCCGGCCACCCGGGCUGCCUGGAACUGGCUGGCUGCCACUGAGCAUCCGCACCCCUGUGGGGACCGGCCCCCUGGCCCGUCUUUGUCCCUCACGGGCUUCCCCGAGGCAGCAGCCGGCGUGGAAUCUGACUGGGGGCGAACCCGGCAUCCCGGGGGGAGGCCCACCUGCUGCUGGCGGCCCACGUGUCCUGUCACGUUGGAGUCGGAAGCGCCUGCGCGGUGGCCUGCGCUCCUUGGCCGCGGUGGGCAGCCCCGGGGCAGCUCACAGCCCCGUCUCGGGGACAGCUCCUUGCUCUGCCUUUUUCUGCUGCGACAAUAAAACCUCCCACCUGUUUGGA